AUGCAUUUCGAAUCGUCGCCCGGCUCGUCGCCUUCCAAGUCGAUACCCAUUAGCAUCUCGCCCAGCAGGAUGGCUUCACCCACUGGAUCCUUCUGCAGUGUCUACUCGGUCGAAUCAUCCUCAAGUCGCGGUGCUUCGUGCGCGUACCCAUCAUGGCCCACCGGGACUUCGCUGGGCUACCGCAACGCCCCCACGUCCUUCAUCUCGGACGAGGACCUCUUCGGUGGUGACUUUGACGACGACUUUGCCUGUCCUUACCUCACCGAGGCGCCUGCACCGCCCCGUCAGCCCCCCAUGGCCCAGGCAUUCCCCGUCCUUCCGCCACUGUACGCGCAGAAGAAGCCCAAGAGUGAGCGCAGGCGCAGCAGUGGCAAGAAGCAGCGUCGCACCUCCAAGCCCAUGACUCCCAUCUCAGAGUCGCCUGAGCAAGUCGAGUGA